AUGGGACUCCCGACGGAGGCCGCUCUCGUUGGCGCCGGUGCAGUGCCAGGCGCCAUCCUCCGCUUCGGCGUGUCUGAAAUCGCCAAGCAGCACAACGUUGGCCCCGCUGCGAUCCUCGCACUGAACGUCGUCGGAAGCUUUGCGCUCGGGAGCUUGGCUGGAAACGGAGCAGCCAGGCGGGCGAACCUUCUGCUCGGCGUUGGAUUCUGCGGCGCCUUCACCACCUUCUCCACCUUCUCCGUGGACACACUCACAAUGCUGCAGCGCGGACAGAAUUCACGCGCGGCCGCCUAUGGCCUCUAG